AACCUCACAGCUCACGUUUUUCUAUAUUUUCUUUCUUUCAUGAAAUCUCGUUCUCACUUUCUCUCCUUCGAAACACUGCGGUCGUCACAGAGAGAGAAAGGUUCUGCCUUAUCCAAUUUAGGGUUUCAAUCCGAUUCGGUUCUUUCACCCUCGUUCUUGCCAUAUCGAAACCCUAACUAGGAGCAGGUUUCAACAAUCUGUUGGUAGGACCUUUGUUUCUGAGAGAGAGUUAAGGUUCAUGUCUGAAUUAGACGCUCAGAUUCCUACUACCUUCGAUCCUUUUGCUGAGGCAAAUGCUGAGGACUCGGGUGCUGGGUCAAAAGAGUAUGUGCAUAUUCGCAUACAGCAGCGGAAUGGUAGGAAAAGCUUGACAACUGUCCAGGGAUUGAAGAAAGAAUUCAGCUACAACAAGAUACUUAAAGACCUUAAGAAGGAGUUCUGUUGCAAUGGUACAGUUGUUCAGGACCCAGAAUUAGGGCAGGUUAUUCAACUUCAAGGUGAUCAGAGGAAGAAUGUGUCUACCUUCCUAGUUCAGGCUGGUAUCGUGAAGAAGGAGCAUAUCAAAAUUCAUGGUUUCUGAGCUUCUGGAAUCUUGAGUUUGUCUUUUCUGGCUCGUUGCGAGUCAUACAUAUAUGUGAUUGGUGUUUUUUAUGUUGUGCUUUCUUAUAAUUUGUAAUGUGGGAUUAUGGAAUUUAUGACUUUAAGUGCUAUUAUCUUAAAUAAACCAAAGCUAUGGAGAGUCCAUUACUACAUUAAAUUCAUAUCGGAAUUCGGAUUCUUGGA